GAGCGCAGGCAGCAGCCCGGCGAGGGCGCUCUUGAGCCUGGUUUGGAAUUUUUACCAAACGCGAAAGCCGCAGGCUGGGGAAGGGGCGGUGGGGAGUGGCAGCCGCCCUGGGAAACGGCUGGCCGUUCAGCCGGGGUUCGGGGUGGCCAGAGCUGCGGAAAGCACCUCGGCUUAGAGCCUGCGGGAGAGAUUUCUGAUCCCCGGGAGGCGAAUGAAGGGGCGAGGGAAUCGGUGGGAGGGAAAUCCGCUACACCGAACCUUCCGGGAAUCCGAGGUGCCGGGCUGAUCCCACGCCCCCUCUUCCUCCCAGCUCAAAGAAGGGGCACGAGCCGUGCGAAGGGGAGAGGUGCAGUGGCCUUGGAGAGCAUUUCUCCUACAGUUUGUCUGGGCCAACGCUGCUCUGUGUGCCACAGUGAGGAGAUGUCUAUGAGCUCUGCAGGGAGGGAUCCACCAGCCUGUACUUCUCAGGAGUGCCAGGUCAUUGGCAGACAUUGACACACAGCAGGAGUGUGGGGGCCGGAGAACCAGUGGAGCCAUCAGGACACCAGCCCAGGAGAAGGAGGCCUUGGCCACCUCAGGACUGGGGCGGCAGAAGAGUGGUGGCAGCCGGGGAGGAGGUGCCCUCCCUCCCCACACUCCGGCUUGCAGCCAUGCAUUUUGGGACAGGACACCCUUGAGAGUGCAGGCACCACCCUCUUCCACACUUCUGUCCCACUGGGGGCUGUCAUCGACCUCCCCAUCGGUUUCCCCCUACCCCGGGCAGGCUGAGUGGGGUCUCCCUUGGGGGCAGUCCCGAUGGCCAGGUGCGGGUGGGGUGCCCUGUGGUUGUGCGUGGCAGCGGCCACCCUGCUGCAUGCAGGCGGGCUGGCCCGUGGAGAUUGCUGGCUGAUCGAGGGCGACAAGGGCUUUGUGUGGCUGGCCAUCUGCAGCCAGAACCAGCCGCCCUACGAGGCCAUCCCGCAGCAGAUCAACAGCACCAUCGUGGACCUGCGGCUCAACGAGAACCGCAUCCGCAGCGUGCCGUACGCCUCCCUGAGCCGCUUCGGCAACCUCACGUACCUCAACCUCACCAAGAACGAGAUUGGCUACAUCGAGGACGGGGCCUUCUCUGGCCAGUUCAACCUGCAGGUGCUGCAGCUGGGCUACAACCGGUUGCGAAACCUGACAGAGGGCAUGCUGCGCGGCCUGGGCAAGCUGGAGUACCUGUACCUGCAGGCCAACCUCAUUGAGGUGGUCAUGGCCAGCGCCUUCUGGGAAUGCCCCAACAUCGUCAACAUCGACCUGUCCAUGAACCGCAUCCAGCAGCUGAGCAGCAGCACCUUUGCCGGCCUGGCCAGGCUGUCUGUGUGCGAGCUGUACAGCAACCCCUUCUACUGCUCCUGCGAGCUGCUUGGCUUUCUGCGCUGGCUGGCAGCCUUCACCAACGCCACGCAGACCUAUGACCGCAUGCAAUGCGAGUCACCUCCCAUCUAUUCCGGCUACUCCCUGCUGGGCCAGGGCCGCCAUGGACAGCGCAGCAUCCUCACCAAGCUGCAGUCCGUGUGCACCGAGGACUCCUACACAGCUGAAGUGGUUGGGCCCCGCCCAAUACCAGGGCAUUCGCAGCCAGGCCGCUCUCCACCCCCUCCCCCACCGCCAGAGCCCAGCGACUUGCCCUGUGCUGAUGACGAGUGCUUUUCUGGGGAUGGAACUACCCCGUUGGUGGCCCUUCCCACACUGGCCACCCAACCUGAGGUCCGUCCCCUCAUUAAGGUCAAGCAGCUGACGCAGAACUCAGCCACCAUCACCGUCCAGCUGCCCAGCCCGUUCAACCGCAUGUACACACUGGAGCACUUCAACAAUAGCAAGUCGUCCACUGUGUCCAGGCUGACCAAGCCCCAGGAGGAGAUCCGCCUGACCAAUCUGUACACGCUCACCAACUAUACCUACUGUGUGGUGUCCAGCAGCUCGGGGCUGCUCCACAACCACACCUGCCUCACCAUCUGCCUGCCCAAGCCACCCAGCCCACCGGGCCCCGCUCCCAGCCCCUCCACAGCCACCCACUACAUCAUGACCAUCCUGGGCUGCCUCUUUGGCAUGGUGCUGGUGCUGGGCGCUGUCUACCACUGCCUGCGUAGGCGGAGGCGCCAAGAGGAGAAGCACAAGAAGGCGGCCUCCGCAGCCGCGGCCAGCAGCCUGAAGAAGACCAUCAUUGAGCUCAGGUAUGGGCCCGAGAUGGAGGCACCUGGCCUGGCACCCUUGUCCCAGGGCCCACUACUGGGCCCCGAGGCUGUGACCCGCAUUCCGUACCUGCCAGCAGCCACCAGUGAUGUGGAGCCAUACAAGCUGGUGGAAGGGGGUGACACACCCAAGGCCACCAAAGGCAACUACAUUGAGGUGCGCACUGGGGAGCAGCCAGAACGCAGGGACUGUGAGCUGGGCCGCCCCGGCCCGGACAGCCAGAGCUCAGUGGCUGAAAUCUCCACCAUCGCCAAGGAGGUGGACAAGGUCAACCAGAUCAUCAACAACUGCAUUGAUGCCCUCAAGUCCGAGUCCACGUCCUUCCAGGGUGUCAAGUCUGGGGCCGUGUCCACUGCAGAACCGCAACUCGUGCUGCUGUCCGAGCCUCUGGCCGGCAAGCAUGGCUUCCUGUCGCCGCCGUACAAGGACACCUUUGGCCACGGCCUGCAGCGGCACCACAGCGUGGAGGCAGCCGUGCCCCCGCGCCCCAGUGCCUCUGCGGGCGGCUCGGUGCGCAGCCCUCGCGCCUUCCGUGCUGAGGCGACCAGCACGCACAAGGCCGCCGGCGCCGAGGCCAAGUACAUCGAGAAGAGCUCUCCUGCAACUGAUGCCAUCCUCACUGUGACACCCGCGGCCGCCGUGCUGCGGGCCGAGGCCGAGAAGGGCCGCCAGUAUGGCGAGCACCGGCACUCGUACCCCGGCUCCCACCCCGCAGAGCCGCCCGCGCCGCCGGCGCCCCCGCCGCCGCUGGAGGGCCUGGGCGGCCGCAAGGCUUCCAUCCUGGAGCCGCUCACGCGGCCGCGACCCCGCGACCUGGCCUACUCACAGCUGUCCCCGCAGUACCACAACCUGAGCUACUCCUCCAGCCCCGAGUACACCUGCAGGGCCUCCCAGAGCAUCUGGGAGCGCUUCAGACUGAGCCGGCGGCGGCACAAGGAUGACGAGGAGUUCAUGGCCGCCGGCCACGCCCUGCGCAAGAAGGUUCAGUUCGCCAAAGACGAGGAUCUGCACGACAUCCUGGACUACUGGAAGGGCGUGUCUGCCCAGCACAAGUCCUGAGCCUCGCAUCUGCCCCUCGCCCGCAACUCGUGAUGCCCUUGGACCAAAAAGGAUACAAGAGCUACAGCAGCUACUUGUAACCCAGAGACUGUCACCAGAAACCCACACGCACACACAUGCCACCACUGUUGCCCAGCAGGGCUGUGCAGAGACAGCGGGAGGGGCCGGUUGACAAUCACAAGAAACCAUCCUUACACUCAUGUGACCUGCCCCUAGAUGUGCUCCCCGACCGGUGCAAGAGUGUGUACACGCACACACACACGGGACUUGGAAAACUGUGUCUUAGGGAUGGGGAUGGGGGGUGGGGAAUUUUUUUCAUUAUCUUUCCUUUUUUGAUUCUCUGCCUUUUUUGUUUUUGCCUCUUUCUUUAUUUUCUUCUUUUUUAAAAAAAAUAAUAAAAGUCGAGUUCUUUUAAAAAGACAUAAACACUCUCAGUGGGGGGUGUGGCCAGCUUAGCCCCCGUGGCCCCACUGUGGUCUCCUCAGUCCGUGUGGUCUUCGUGGUGCCUUCUGAGUCCACCACCAAGGGGCAGAGUGAGUGAGGUGGCAAGUGGCCCAGGAUGUGUCCUGACGCCCUGUGGGACUCAGGACUAGGGCAGAGGCUGUGCCCGGGGACAGGUGGGGGUGGCUGGGAAGAGUGGGAUUGGGGAUAUGGCUCCAGCUCAGUCCCCAUUGUACAUUGUAGUCGUUCUAUUGUACAGAAAAAAAAUUUCUAUAUUUGCAAUGUUUGCUGUAAAAUGAGAAAGAACAAAAGACCACGUCUACUAAAAAAGAAAAAAAACUGCAAAGGAAAAUACCCAAAUACUUGUUUGGUCCACCUCCUUCCCAGGCGUCAAGAUGUGGGUUUUAGGUAGAGAUUUGGGGGUUCUCUUAUGUCCAGUUUAUGGGGUGAUUUUAUUGAUUUGGGGCACAUGAGAGGGAUUGAAGUGGUGAGUCUGUGCGCGUUAUCCUUCAUGUGCAGAACCUGAAACCAAUACUAAUGGCCUGACAGGGCCUGGGGUCUCAUUUGAGUGAGGGUGCUGGGUGGGCUAUUGAUGGCAUGGGUUGGCCUGGGAGUAGGUGUGAGCAGAGCAGUUGGAGUGUGUGUCUAUGGGGCUGGGUUCCCUGUAAUAGGACCCCGAUGCCAAAUCCCCUUGGGAUGCUGGUCCUCUCAGCUCCUUACUUGCAUCUCGCUCACCUCCACCUCUAGGCAUCCUGCCUUGGUGUGGCUCCAAAUUCCUAGUGACUAAGUGGUUAAAAUCCAUGUAAGAACAGCACCAGGCUGUCCCACUCCAUGGCUAGCUGCAGCUGCCUGUUGCCAAGACCAUAGCCCACCCCGCAUCCUAUACCCAGGAGCCAAAGGGAGAUUUGGAGGAAGACACCCUAUUUCUAGACCCUCAAGCUCACUCCAGGGACCCCUACCCCAGCCCUAGGGCCCAUAGCACUGCCUUCUGGGGAAGAGAAGGCAGGCCUUGCUUGGAGCCCCUGCCCAAAGUUAGGGCUGCCAGAGUCAGACCUACCAAUUUCCAUUCUCUACCUGGCUAGGCAAUCCCUCUUCUUCCUAAAGGCCCUGGUUGCUAAGACCCCCUUCCCUAGCCCCUCCAUCCAGGGCAAAUUCAUUCCUAGCCUGAACUGACACAGUUCCCAUGAGACAUGAAGCUGGAGUCAGUGUGAGCCCCAGGAGACUCGCACAGGACCCAGAGUGAUGGAAACAGGUUUGCAGGCUUUGACCGGCCAUCCUCCAGCCUGACCUGGGGGCACUGAGGAGGGAGGGAGGAAGGGUGGUAGAGUGGUGGGGGCUGGGAGCAGUCUGCACACCCUCAGCAACAAGAAGCUCACCCCUUCCCUCUGUAGCUGUUUCCAACUUUCAGGACCUCCCUUAGACUGAGUGGAAACUUGCAGUUUGCUCCUGGGCCCCACAGGACAACAGAGCCACAGCCUUCUGGGCUGGCUAGCCCAAUCCUGCCAUCUGCAAUGGGGUGACCCCAUCAGGAACCUGGGUAAGCUCCACAGGCACAGGCAAAUGAGCCCCCCUGCCACCCCACAGAGUGAGUCAUUUCUGAGGGUGUGGCCACGUGCCCUGCUCUUGUGUUUGACCCACAGGCCUCAGACCAGGCCCUCAGCAGCCCCUCCCUGCUCCCUGAGGGGGCCUGGGAAAGUUGUGACAUGUAAGUGGACUGUAGGGGCAAGGCCAGGCUCAAGGAAGCAGGGGUAGGGAGGGUCAUGGUCCAGGGCUGGCAGGUGGAGGCCCAGAGAGGGUCUUGCCUUGCCCAAGGUCACAUAGCAACUCAGUGACAAUCUGGUCAUGGGAUAGGAGGAGGUGGCCAGGCCUUUUCUGCCACUGUUCCCUUUCCCUGAGCAGCUAAAAGGAGCUAUUUAUAGGAAGUCCAGGGAAGGAAGGGCACGGAGUGGAGGUGCCUGCCCUGGGGAGGCAGGGCAGCCGGCCAGAUGGCCAGGUGUGCAUAAGGGGCAGGUCACUGCAGAGAGAGCUGCUGCUGAGCAGGGGCCCAGGAUGAAGAAACUCAGCAGGAGGAGGGAUGUGGGGUCCUCAGCAUCCAGGAUGCCCAGCCUAGGAGUCCAGACCCUCCCAGGAGCAGCCAAGGUAGGGGGAGGUGGUACUACAUAGUGUCUGCCUAAUGCCUGGCCAGGCCUGAGACAAAGGCCCUGUGCCCCGACACCCCAUCCUGAAGGAGGUCACAGUGGAGUUGACAAGGCAUACAAGAGAAGAUGCAUACAUUUAUGAAGCACAGUCUGUGUGCAGGGCCCUAUGCCAAGUACUGUGUGAGCCCCUGCCAUAUAGGAACUCACAGGCUACUUCCAUACUUUUUUUUUUUUUUUUUUUUGAGACAGAGUUUCACUACAUCGCCCUCAGUAGAGUGCCAUGGUGUCAUAGGUCACAGAAACCUCAAACUCUUGGGCUUAAGCUAUUCUCUUGCCUCAGCCUCCCAAGUAGCUGGGACUACAGGCGCCUGCCACAAUGCCCAGCUGUCUUUUUUGUUGCAGUUGUCAUUGUUGUUUAAUAGGCCUGGACCAGGUUUGAACCCGCUAGCUUCCAUAUAGGCGGCCUAAUUACUGAGCUACGGGCGCUGAGCCUGCUACUCCCAUACUUGCAGUGGAGGGAGGUGACCCCGGUCAGGGUGGCACAGGAGCUCUGGGAAAGGAUGGGAAGACCCGGGAAGGCACCCUGGAAAGGGUGGUGUUUUAAAUGAGACAGGAAGAAGGUGAGGCUGCAAAGUUAGGAGAGGUUUGUGUCUGGGGGCUCAGAGCUGCACUCAGGGUGCAGGACAAAGGGGACCUGCAGAGGUGAGCCCUGCCCUGCCCUGCCCCUUCUUGUUUGUCUGCAGGACAGUGGGCUUUGGAAGCUGAAAGCCAGAGCUCACCCCAGGCCCUGCCCCUUACAGCUGCGUGACCUCAGCAAACUACUCGACCUCUCUGAGUCUCAGUCUCCUUAUUUGUCUGUCCUAUGGGGGAUGCUGACACCUGCCCCCUCCUCCACUGCACAGUGCUGCCAAUUGUGGCUGGCUUGCUCUCGUGUCUAGGGGUGACUGGGGGGACAAGGUGAGCUUUGCCCCACACAUUUCUCAUCAUCCAUCCUUCUACAGGCUGGUGUGGGCAUGUCCUCAUGGCCAUGGCUGAGGGAGCAGGCCCCAGUGUUCACAUCUGCUGGCAUUCCAUAGGCCACAGCAAGUCACAAGGCCAAGGUCGCUCCACCCCAGAGACAUGCAGCCAAGGGUACAGACAGGAAGGGGCCAAAUACAUGGCUGAGCCUCAGGCAGACUGCAGGGCACACAUGCCAGAAAACCCAAGAUGUCCCUGGGGUUCCAGCCACUCCUUCACUCAUUCACCAUACAAUCACAGAGCACCUACUGCAUGCCAGACAGGACAGCAGCAUCAGUGAAACUUGUGCCCUGUCCUUGAGAGUGCCCUACCCACAAUCCCAACAGGCAGGCAAUGGCACCCUAAAGGAAACCAUUUCCAGAAGGAAGGUGUAAGGAACCACAAAGCAUGCAGCAUCUGUGCUGACAGCAUGUGGGGAGAAGGAAUUAAUCCUGGAAUCUGAGAGGGGACGUCUCACGCAGAGAGGCCACCAGGGCCCUUGGGAGGGGCCUCAGAGGAAGCUGGCCCAGCACCCUUGCAGGAGGGGCUGGGGAUAUAUGCCCAAACUCACUCUCCUCCCUCUGUCCCUCCCCCCAUCUUCUGGACUCCUGCUGGCUGAAUGGCCAGGAAACCAGGAGUCAGGGGCCAGAGUGGGGGUGGACCAUAAGAGUUAGCCCACGGAGAGCAGGAGCUUGAACGGCCAGGGGAGAUGGGGGGUGAUGGGAGAGGCCCAGCCUAGGGGCUUGGGGUAAGAGGCCAUCACAGAGGACAGAGCUGUUAUCACACUGGGGAGGGUGAGGCUUCUUAGGGGAGGGGUUGCUCAAGACCCUGAAGUAGAAACAGGAGCCAGCACGGUAGUGAUGGGGAGGUAGGGGACAGGGAAGGGACUUCCUUCCAGAAGGAACGGCAGAGUGCAUAGACCCAGUGCCCAUCUGGAAGUGGCAGACAGGCACAAGUGGGAAUCAGAAGCUGGAGCCGUGGUGGGGUUGGGCCUGCUGAGACCAGGGAGAUAGGCUGGAGCCUGCUUUGCUAGUGCAAAGAAAUCAGUGUUGGGCUCUGGGCAGUAGGGAGCCAUUGACAGUAUUUUAAAGAAUAAUAACUUUUAUUGAUUUUUUUCCUUAUCUCAAAAGUAAUCCUUUUAUUACAUAAACUUUAGAAAACAGUUAAACAUAAAGAAUAAAAUAGGAAUCACUUGCUCUCACCAUUCUGAGCUAACUAUGGUAACAUUUUGGUAUCUGUCUUUCUAGUCCUUUCUCUCUAAAAAUGCAGCAGGCUCGAUGUCUCCACAUCGCAACCAGAUGUGCAAAGACGCAUCUCUUUCUUUUCUCUAAUAGCACAUCAUCUUACUCCGGAGCCUCUGUUCCCUCUGAUGGGGUAUAGGGUGCUGCGCAGAAAGAUGGAGGAAAUAACUGUAUGUUUGCAGGAUCCAGUGCAGAAGAAAAUGAUGACGUAUGAAAGAGAGAGAGUUGCUGGGACACGUCUGAGUAGGAAGGGAUGAGAGGUGUUGCUUGAUGGAAGGGUUGGCUGUGGCUAGUACCAUGGACAUCUCCUCCACUUUGCCCCAGAGCAGGCAGGCGUCUGGCCCUGACAUGGGUGCUGGGGUGAAUGCGGGGCAAGAGGGCAUACUAUUUGGUUACUGCAACUUUCUCAGCACCCUUCCUACUCCAUUGCAUUGCCUUUUUGUUCUACUUCCUGGGAGUUAAAAAAAAUUUUUUUUUAAUUCGAAGUAAUUAUAGAGUCACAGGAAGUUGUAAAAAUAGUACAGAGUCACCCAGCUUUCCUCAGUGGUAACAUCUUAUAUAACUGUGGUACAGUAUCAAAAUCAGGAAGUUGGGUUGUAUGUUGGUACAACUCUGUUAACUAGACUAUAGCUAUUACUCAGUUUUCACUAGCUUUUGCAUGCACUCAUGUGUGUGUGUGUGUGUGUAGUUCUUUGCAAAUUUACCCCACAUAUACAGAUUUGAGUAACCACCUCCACAAUCAAGAUGCAGAACUGGUCGAUCAGUACAGAGAUCCUUCUGCUGCACCUUUGUGUUAAUGCCCCACCCCAACCUGUCCCAACUGGUAAUCACAGAUCUCUCCCCCAUUUCUGCCGUUUUGAGAAUGUUAAAGAAAAUGGCAUCAUACCCUGUGGAACUUUUUGAAGGUUUUCUCUCACCAAGCAAAAGGCCUUUGAGAUCCCUCUAAGUUGUUGCAUGUGUCAAUAGUUUGUUCUUUUUAGUUGCUGAGUAGUAUUCCACUGUAUAGAUAAUACACCAGAGUUUGUUUAACCAUUCACCUGUUGGAGGACAUUUGAGUUGUUUUCAGUUUGAAGCUAUUACAAA